GGAGAAGAAAAUGAAAUGGAUAAUAACAGCGUAACAAUCCUUUGUACUAUCAACUACUCCUAUCUCGAAACAGUGUACUGAUUAAGCAAUGAACUAGAGCAUUUAACUCCCCCAGCGCCACAGUCCAACAGAUCAGCUAGCCAACGCCCGCGCCUAGGCAUCACCGCAUCACGCAUGGGCGAGCACGCUACGUACGCCGCUGCUAGUGCUAAGUGCAAGGUAGCAGCUGGCUAGCUAGCAGCGGCGACGAGCCGUCGUUUGGGUGCGCGCGAUAGACCAAUCGAUGGAGGGGGAGAAGACGACGAUGACGAAGGUGGUGGCGCCGGUCGAGCGGGUGGUGUUCGAGCUGAACGGUGAGCGGCAGGAGGUAGCGGCGGCGGACGUGGAGCCGUCGACGACGCUGCUGGAGUUCAUCCGCACCAGGACGCCAUUCAGGGGGCCCAAGCUUGGCUGUGGAGAAGGUGGAUGUGGGGCUUGUGUAAUCCUUAUAGCCAAGUAUAAUCCAAAGACAGAUGAAGUGACUGAAUUCAAUGUAAACUCAUGCCUAACACUUCUUUACAGUAUACAUUUCUGUUCAAUUAUUACCACUGAGGGUCUGGGGAAUACCAAAGAUGGCUUCCAUUCUAUACAGAAAAGAAUGUCCGGGUUUCAUGCCUCCCAGUGUGGUUUUUGCACCCCUGGCAUGUGCAUGUCUAUUUUCUCCUCUCUUGUCAAUGCUGACAAAUCCAAGAAGCCUGCACCACCAAAAGGGUUCUCAAAGCUAUCUAUAUCAGAAGCAGAAAGGUCUUUCUCGGGUAACAUGUGUCGAUGCACCGGUUACCGACCGAUUGUUGAUGCCUGUAAAAGUUUUGAAUCGGAUGUUGACCUAGAGGAUUUGGGCCUUAAUAUAUUCUGGAAAAAGGGUGACAAACACCCAGAUCCUACCAAAUUGCCAAGCUACACUCUUGGUGGUGGGAUCUGUACCUUCCCAGACUUCCUUAAAUCUGAGAUCAAAUCUUCGCUAGACUUCAAUGAUGCUAGUAUUUCAGGCCCCAGGGAGGGAUGGUAUUGUCCCAAAAGUAUCAAACAGUACUAUAAGUUAGUAAAUUCUGGCUUAUUUAGUGAAAGCUCUGUGAAAGUGGUGGUUGGGAACACAAGUACUGGUGUUUAUAAGGAUCAGGACCUUUAUGACAAGUAUAUUGACAUUGCAGGCAUUCCAGAACUUUCUGCUAUUGUAAGGAAAGAUAAGGGCAUUGAAAUUGGAGCAGCUACGUCAAUUUCCAGGACCAUUGAGAUACUUAACCAAGAAAGUGAAUUAACAUCCUCUCCAAAUGGGAGUGUGGUUUUCAGAAAACUUGCUGAGCACAUGAGCAAAGUGGCUUCGCCAUUUGUUCGUAACACAGCAAGCAUUGGAGGAAACAUAAUUUUGGCACACAAAUACCCUUUUCGCUCAGACAUUGCAACCAUACUUCUUGGUGCUGCCGCAACUGUCAAUCUUCAGGUUUCUUCGAAAACACUACAUGUUAAUUUGGAGCAGUUCCUUGAGCAACCUCCUCUGGAUCACAGUACUUUACUUCUGAGCAUAUUUAUUCCACAUUGGGCUUCAGACUGUAAGAAAGAGCAUACUUUGGUAUUUGAAACUUAUAGAGCAGCUCCACGUCCUCUUGGCAAUGCUGUUUCAUAUGUUAAUUCUGCUUUCCUAGGACAUGUUUCCUUGGAUAAAUCAUCAGGUGACAAUAUAUUGAGUAACCUGCACUUGGCUUUUGGUGCCUAUGGAACUAAACAUGCUAUUAGAGCAAGGAAGGUUGAGGAAUACCUGACAGGAAAAAUACUUUCUGCAUCUGUUGUGCUUGAAGCAAUUCGAUUGCUGAGAGAAACAAUUGUACCGGUGGAAGGAACAACUCAUCCUGAAUACAGAGUCAGUGUGGCUGUUGGAUUUCUCUUCAGUUUCUUAUCUCCACUUUGUAAAGGUGUGAUAGAGUCUGGAAAAACUCUCAGUAUUUCUGAAGAUUUGGUAGAUACUGAUAAUGUCCAUAACAAGCCAUUGUCUUCACGACGAGAAACACUUUCUGAUGAUGAAUAUACACCUGUUGGAGAUCCAAUCAAGAAGUAUAAAGUUGAGGUUCAAGCAUCCGGGGAGGCAAUAUAUGUAGAUGAUAUUCCUGCUCCAAAGAAUUGCCUAUAUGGAGAAUUUAUUUACAGCACACAACCUCUUGCUAAUGUGAAGAGUAUUAAAUUCAAACCUUCUUUGGCAUCGAAGAAGAUCAUUACAGUUGUUUCUGCCAAGGAUAUUCCAACUGGAGGGCGAAAUAUUGGAUCAACAUUCUGGUUUGGGGAUGAAGAACCACUAUUUGGUGAUCCAAUUGCUGAGUUUGCUGGACAAGUUCUCGGUGUUGUGAUUGCAGAAACACAGCCAUAUGCUGACAUGGCAGCAAAACAGGCAGUUGUUGAAUAUACCACAGAUGGUUUAAAGGCACCAAUCUUAACAGUGGAACAAGCUGUGCAAAGCAAUAGCUAUUUCCAGGUUCCCCCUGAAAGGGCUCCCAAGCAAGUUGGUGAUUUUUCCAACGGAAUGGCAGAAGCUGAUCACAAGAUCAUGUCGGAAGAAGUCAAACUUUCUUCUCAGUACUACUUCUACAUGGAAACACAGACAGCACUAGCAAUUCCAGAUGAAGAUAACACCAUGACAGUAUACAGUUCAUCACAAUUCUCUGAACUUGCACAGAAUGUCAUUUCCAAGUGCCUCGGCAUUCCAUUCAACAAUGUACGUGUCAUUACAAGAAGGGCUGGAGGUGGCUUUGGUGGAAAGGUAGUCAGAUCACUCCAUAUUGCAACAGCAGCUGCACUCUGUGCACACAUGCUACGUCGUCCAGUGCGCAUGUAUCUCAAUCGCAAUACUGACAUGAUCAUGGUUGGGGGUCGCCACCCGAUGAAAGCUCGUUACUCCGUUGGUUUCAAGCCUGAUGGGAAAAUUACAGCCUUGCACCUGGAUUUACUAAUAAAUGCUGGGAUAUCUGCUGAUGCAAGCCCCAUAAUCCCUGGCACUAUUAUAUCAGGUCUGAAGAAGUACAACUGGGGUGCUCUUUCAUUUGAUGUCAAGCUCUGCAAAACAAACAACACAUCCAAAUCAGUGAUGCGAGCUCCUGGAGAAACACAAGGGUCUUUGAUUGCUGAAGCCAUCAUUGAACAUGUCGCUGCAGUACUCUCCCUUGACGCCAACACUGUCAGGCAGAAGAAUUUCCACUCCUAUGAUAGCCUUGUUUUGUUCUACCCGGAAAGCGCAGGCGAAUCGUCUACGUACACAUUACAUUCUAUUUUUGACAGAUUAGCUUCAACUUCUAGCUACCUAAAACGUGCUGAAUCCAUCAAGAAGUUUAACAGUUGCAAUAAGUGGCGAAAGCGGGGCAUUUCUUCUGUGCCCCUCAUUCUGAAGGUAAGAGUGAGACCAGCACCUGGAAGAGUUUCUGUACUCAGUGAUGGCUCCAUUGUUAUCGAGGUUGGUGGGAUCGAACUUGGGCAAGGACUUUGGACAAAAGUACAGCAGAUGGCGGUUUAUGCUUUGGGACAAUUGUGGCCUAACGGGUGUGAAGGUCUUCUUGACAGAAUCCGUGUUCUUCAGUCUGAUACAUUGAACUUAAUUCAAGGUGGCGUUACUGCUGGCAGCACUACAUCUGAAUCUAGUUGUGCAGCAACCCUUCAGGCGUGCAACAUGCUGGUUGAGAGAUUAAAGCCAGUCUUGGAUAGGCUGCAGUUGCAGUCAGGCAUAGUAUCAUGGGAUACAUUGAUUUCGCAGGCCUCUCAGGAAAAUGUUAAUUUGUCAGCAAGUGCAUACUGGGUGCCUGACCAAGACUCGAAGUUUUACUUGAACUAUGGAGCUGGUACAAGUGAGGUGCGUAGUUCUGUUAUGGUAGAAUUUUCUAUACCAUUCUAUGUUGAAAAUUUCCUGGAAUGCAGGUUGAGAUUGAUCUUCUUACUUGAGCAAUUACCAUACUAAGGAGUGAUCUUAUUUAUGACUCUGGCAAAAGUUUGAAUCCUGCUGUAGACUUGGGCCAGAUUGAAGGUUCCUUUAUACAAGGAAUUGGUUUCUUCAUCUAUGAAGAACACCAAACAAACAGUGAUGGCUUGGUUAUUAGCAACAGCACCUGGGACUACAAGAUCCCAAGUGUGGACACCAUCCCGAAGCAAUUCAACUUAGAGGUGCUCAACACUGGAUACCAUAGAACCGUGUGCUUUCUUCAAAAGCUUCUGGGGAACCUGCCGUGGUUCUUGGAGCAUCUGUGCAUUGUGCGGUGAGAGAAGCAAUCCAAGCAGCGAGGAUAGAGUUUGCAGGUGGCAGCGAAUCUACCUGCAAAUUUCAGCUUGAUGUCCCUGCUCCAAUGACGCUGGUGAAGGAACUGUGCGGCUUGGAUAUUGUGGAGAAGUACUUGGAAGAUCUAUCUAGCCAUGGAGUUGGAAAUUGCAACUAGAGCAUUAUCUGCAAUUCUGAAAUUCAGUAACAUUCAGUUAUUGAAAGGAGUGGUAUGAUCCAUUCGGUGGGGCUUGAUAAAACAGUGAAAUUCAAAUGUUUGCGAUAUUCAGUGUUUUUCUUCAACCAUUUUAUCGACAAUUUGAUGGUACUGAACCACCGAUAUUUUUUAUGUUUAUUAAAACAUGACAACUGUUGAUGAUAUAGGAGUUUUUCCUUGUUUUGAAGGUAUGGUCAAUCGAAACAUAUGUGCCAAAAAUCAUGGAUUAUGUAUGUACUGUAUAUAAGCUAAACAAAAAUAAAGUGCACAAUGGUCUAUAUUGUGUGUCUA